CGGUGGUAAUGGCCUAUGUCCCAGGCAGGAACUGUACAAAGGAGUGUCCUUUCAAACUGCUACAAUUUCCAUCAUGGAUCCUCAGGCUCAGCCUUCAGCCCUGUUGUCGCCUGCACGGUGACAGAGCUCCACAUUGGUUUCCAGAACAGAAGUUCAACACGCAUCGCGCCGCCUGAUCCAGUCGAUCGGUUUGAUGCUUCUACCUGGAACAGACUAUGUCAGAGAGCCGCCGCGAUGGGCCAGCACGACCCCACCUCUUCGUCCUUCUCCAACGGCAGCGCCCCCUGGCCCCGGGACGUCCCCCCCUCGGGGCUGGCCCCGGGGGUCCCGGCUCCCUUCGGGGGCGCCGCCAACGCCUCCCGGCCCCCUGACCCGCUGGGGGGCCACGCGGUCUGGCAGGUGGUCUUCAUCGCCUUCCUGACGGGCGUCCUGGCCCUGGUGACCAUCGUGGGGAACAUCCUGGUCAUCGUGGCCUUCAAGGUGAACAAGCAGCUGAAGACGGUGAACAACUACUUCCUGCUCAGCCUGGCCUGCGCCGACCUGAUCAUCGGGGUCAUCUCCAUGAACCUCUUCACCACCUACAUCAUCAUGGACCGCUGGGCCCUGGGCGACCUGGCCUGCGACCUGUGGCUCUCGGUGGACUACGUGGCCAGCAACGCCUCGGUCAUGAACCUGCUGGUCAUCAGCUUCGACCGCUACUUCUCCGUCACCCGGCCCCUGACCUACCGGGCCAAGCGGACCACCAAGAGGGCGGGCGUGAUGAUCGGGCUGGCCUGGGUGGUGUCGUUCGUGCUCUGGGCCCCCGCCAUCUUGUUCUGGCAGUACUUCGUCGGGAAGCGGACGGUCCCCCCGGACAAGUGCUUCAUCCAGUUCCUCAGCGAGCCGGUCAUCACCUUCGGCACGGCCAUCGCGGCCUUCUACCUGCCGGUCACCAUCAUGACCGCGCUCUACUGGAGGAUCUACAAGGAGACGGAGAAGCGCACCCAGGAGCUGGCCGGCCUGCAGGCCUCGGCCGGCGAGGGCGAGGAGGCCCGCUUCGUCCCGCCGGCGGGCGGCUCGCGCAGCUGCAGCGGCGGCUACGAGCCGCCGGCCCCGCCGUGGGGGCGGACGCGGACCCCCCGCCGCAAAGCGGGCCGCUGCCGCUUCUGGUUCGCCACCUGGAGUCCCGGCGCCGACCCCGCGGACCAGGACCGGAGCAGCAGCGACAGCUGGAACAACAACGGCGACGCGGCCGGCUCCCCCGACAACUCGGCCGCCUCCUCCGACGAGGACGAGGACGACGAGGACGACGAGGACGACGAGGAGGACCUCGGCUCCGAGACCCGGGCCAUCUACUCCAUCGUGCUCAAGCUCCCGGGCCACGGCGGCGGGGCCAUCCUCAACUCCGCCAAGCCGCCGUCGGGCCGGGGGUCCCGGGGGGCCGGCCGGGGGCGGGGGAGGCCGGCCGGGGAGAGGCCGCGGCCCCAGACGGGGCCGGCCGACGGCGGGGGCUUCUCCGGGCCGACCCUCCGGCCGGGGCAGGGGGCCGUCUCCCCCGGGCCCGGCGGGGGCGGCCCCCCGCCCUCCGCCGCCGCCGCCUUGCCCCUGUCCUUCAAGGAGGCCACCCUGGCUAAGCGGUUCGCCCUCAAGACCCGCAGCCAGAUCACCAAGCGCAAGCGGAUGUCCCUCAUCAAGGAGAAGAAGGCGGCCCAGACCCUCAGCGCCAUCCUGCUGGCCUUCAUCAUCACCUGGACCCCCUACAACAUCAUGGUGCUGGUCAACACCUUCUGCGACAGCUGCAUCCCCCAGGCCUUCUGGAACCUGGGCUACUGGCUCUGCUACAUCAACAGCACCGUCAACCCCGUCUGCUACGCGCUCUGCAACAAGACCUUCCGGACCACCUUCAAGAUGCUGCUGCUCUGCCGCUGCGACCGACACCGGCGCCGGAGACAGCAGUACCAGCAGCGGCCGGCCGUCGUGUUCCACAAACGGGUGACCCGCCAGGCGGUGGCCUAGCCCCGGACC